AUGUUCUUGCAGUUAAGCAAGCUUGAGAGCUCCCAUUGCCCCCCUUUGCCGAGCUCAAUUGCAUCCAAUAGACUUUCAUUCACGAUGGCCGAUACCAACACUGCCGCCUCAGCUCCCUCGAGCGCCAUUUCCCGACCCGUGAGCGAGACUCUGCUCAACGAAAAGUGGGACCGCUGCCUGUCGAACCUCCUCGUCAAGUCCAGCAUCGGCCUCGGAUUCGGCGUCGUCUUCUCCGUCAUUCUGUUCCGUCGCAGAGCUUGGCCCGCUUUCAUCGGCGCCGGCUUUGGCGCUGGCCGCGCAUACGAGGAGUGCAACUUUAACCUGAAGCAGGCUGCGCGCGACCUCAAGAAGAGCUCAUAG